AGGAAAUGCCCAAUUUGUAAGACGAGAUACAGUACGAACAGCAUUCGGACGAUCCCUCAAAUCUGCACCAAAGCUUGUUCACGUUGUCGAUGGGCUUUCAAAGACAUCGACUUGAAAACUGUGGAGGAUUAUGCAGUGUUCACUGACGCAUUGGUGCUGAAAUGUUUACGUUUUCUGCAGACACAUCAGGCACGCAACUUUGAAGAUAAGCGACGCGGAUGAAUAGCUUGCUACAAGUAGCGUCUAUUUAUCUCAAGCUGAGCCAGCAUACCAUCAACACUUCAUAAACAAGCAAAGUUUACGCUCCUAGGUGACCUCUUUGGACAGAAUGCAGAGGGCUUCGACAAUGGUUUCCUUCAUUACUUCGCCUCGUUUCAACAUGGAGCAGAUGCUAAAAUGCAUCAUGAUGAAUUCCAGCUGCACAUACUACCGACGCGCAAAAGCUUCGAAGUCAAGUAACGAAUCA